UAAACCCUAUGAAACCCGAAUUUGACUCCAUUUGCUAUUGACCCACACAAUAACAUACGAAGUACAAAGUAUUUCAAAGCAAAUUCCCACAAAAUACUCCUAAAAUGAUAAAAAUUGGGUGCAGUUGCAGAAGCAUCAACAAUGGCGUCCGAGGGUUGUACUCCUAUCUGCCUGGUUUUUGGCGCCUUCCAUUGUUGUACUCAACAUCAACCAAGGAAGUGACGCGGCAAGCUGUAGGGGCGACGAGGGUGAGUGAAUUUGAUACUGUUGAAAAUGCUAUUUCUGUAAUUCAGUUCUUUAAUCAACUUGGGUUUCAACAAUCUGAUAUUAGGAAAAUUGUUUGUCGAUUUCCGCGGAUUUUAGUUGCUAGGGUUGGGAAAACCCUAAUUCCCAAAGUUAAGCUUCUUAAUGAAUUUGGUAUUUCUGGGUCUGAUCUUGUUCAAACUGUUGUUAUGAACCCAUCAAUUUUGAAUACACAGGUUGGUCCUGCAAUUCAUGCUUUUAGGACUGUUCUGGGUAGUGAUGAUAAUGUAAUUACUAUGCUCAAGCGCUUAAAUGCAAUCUAUAUUGGAAUCUCUGCUAAGUAUUUGAUUCUCAAUAUUGAAUUGUUGCAAAAUUAUUGCAGCAUUCCUAUUGACAAAAUCCGGAAAGAAAUUUGUCGUCACCCUAAACCUUAUUUAAUGAGGACUGAAUUGUUUCAAGAUAACUUGAGUCGGGUUGAAAAAAUUGGGAUUUCUCGAGACUCUUCGAUGUUCAAUUAUGGCCUUCAAUUGAUAAGUGGCUUAAGUGAAGAGAAUUGAGGAUAAAUGUGAAAUAUUUAAGAGCUUUGGAUGGACUCAAUCUGAUGUUAAUACAUUGAUAAGACGAAAUCCUAUGUGCUUGACAGCGGCUGAGGCAAAGAUCAAGGCAAGAUUGGAUUUUUUGAUGAACCAGCUGGGUUUUAAGCCCGAAUUUCUGGUAUCCAAUAUCUGUUUAUUCACUUGUAGCAUUGAGAAGAGGUUAUUGCCUAGGCAUAGAGUCUUACAGGUUUUGAAGGAAAAAGGUCUUAUACAAAUGAAUUACUCUCUUGCAAGUGCUGCCAAAUUGAAUGAGCCUCUGUUCUUGAAAAGGCUUGUUAUUCCAUUUGAGGAAGUGCAUGAAGUUUACGCUCUGAUGACAGGUUCUACAGUAGGGUCACUCACUGGAAGAGGAUUUCCAAAGAUGACAUGAAAUCCCAUUGCUUCUAGAUAAGAGUGCAAUGUAUUAGGUGAUAUUUAUUUUUGAUAUAUUUACCACGCAUUCUUGCUGGAACUGAACUGAUUGCAUUGCUCUGAUGUUACAACUCUUGAUUAUAAGAAAGAGUAUUGACUUCAGUAAUCUUCAGACUACAGAAAGGUCUUAUACAAAUGAAUUACUCUCUUCCAAGUGCUGCCAUCUUGAAUGAGUCUGUGUUUUUGAAAAGGCUUGUUCUUCUAUUUGAGGAAGUCAAUGAAGUUUAUGCUCAGCUGACAAGCUCUACAGUAGGGUCGCUCAAUGUGGUAACAUGUAAAAGCUAAUCUUAAAAGUGUCAUCAAAUUCUAGUGCUACUGUAUGUUAGUCAGUGCAUAUGGCAUCAGGCAAUGAUAACCUUGUUAUUUUUAUCAGAUUAACUUUCAAUCUUCUCGCAAUAUCGUUUCCUUGUUCUGAGUAGCCUUCAUAACUAUCUGUUGGAAAUGAACUAGGAAAGGCUGUAAACCAUUAUAUUUGUGAAGGUUUCAUUGCAAUGCCAUUUUUUGUUGUUUUGCUGAGUAGAAGUUAAGUGUAAUGUAUGCUGUAUUGCUUUAAAUUAAAAGCUUGAUUAUAGAUUUUUUCUGUAAGGUUUGGACUUAGGAACUCCAAGCAAUUGGUUCUAAGUAUAAACAACAAAUAAUUAUUAUGGUUUGUGGACUGUGAUUCUUGAUGGAAGUUGGUGUUGAUUUAUUAUUCAUAUGAGGUACAUAUAUCUCUUAUUCACUGUUUUCUUUUCCCUACUAGUAUUAUACCUUUUAGGGAAAAUUAGGCACUACUUGCAGUGCUAUUAUGUUACUUCUAGCUUUUGUGUGAUUUAGAUGCAAUUUUAAAGUAUUGGCUUAGCAAAUCUUGAAGUUGCUGGCAGUGACAUUUAUUAACUUGUGAAACCUAUACUGCUUCUGUUCUUUUUCCAGUGGCAGUACCUUUGACUUGUUAAUAUUGAAACUCUGUGACGUAACAAAAUUAGUUUAUUAGUUUUGAAAAACACAAAACAUGGUGUCUUCUUUACAUUACAUAAUGACGUGAAAAACUCUGUUUUAUUUGCUACAUGUCUUAGGGCUUCUGGUAGCAGUAGCUCAGUCUUUACAUUUAGGCUUUUGAAGGCUUAAGAUCUAUGUUAGUUCCAUAUAGAUACUAUAUAACCCUUUUGAUUGCAGUGUUGAUCUUGUGAUCGUCCCAAGUGACUAUUGUGCAAAUUGAUUCUCUCAUGGUAAUGAGGGAGCUAUGCAAUAUGAUUUGACUAUGGUUUGCCAUCUAAUUGGUGGAAUAUGCUGCCUGAAUGGCUUUCCCAGACAAAGAUGGUGGAAUCAGUUCAUUGAUGAGGCGAAAAGAUGGAUCACGAGAUGGGUAACAACUCUGAUUCCCUGUUUUUUCUGGUUUGAAAUUUGAUGUGGUAAUAUGAAUGUAGAUUGUUAACUUGUAUAAAAUUUAUGAUAACAAAAAUACAUGGUUAGAUGAUUUAGCCAAAGUUGAGGUUGAGGAUAUUGAAAAGGAAGUUAAUUUCUUGCUCUCUGCUAUUUGUUAUGUCCUUGGGGCUAAUCAUCCAAUUGAUUGUGAAAACAGAGAUAAAACUGUCAAUGGGACCUUUUUUUUUUUUUCCUUCUCGUAAAUAUUUUUUUUUUCCUUCUCUUAAAUAUUUUUUUUUCUUAUUUUAUAAAUUUAUGGAGCCAAGUUGUAAAACGCUAGACUAUCGACUUUGAUAUCAAUAGCCUUGAUGUUUGUUUUGUGCCUGUUGGAGUAUAAUUACCUAACCUUAAUUUUCGAUGCUAGGGAGCAGGGGCAGUGAUCCUAGACUUAAGAUUGUGAGGGGUGCUGGUGAACUUUUUUUUUUUUUUUUUUUUUUUUUUUGUAUGUUGGUAAGGAGAAUGGCCCUAACAGGCCAUAACCUCUCACAGGUUCUCCCAGCCUGGUUUAGCGGGCUAGGCACUUUGGAAGUGGUGGGGGGGGGGGGGGUGGAAGGGUAAGGGAAUUCCUACUCCAAAGUGUUUCUAGUGGGAAAGCUUGACAUCUCACAACCACUAGAUCAAGUUUUGCUUGGUGGGAGUCCCUGAACGGUUACGGUUAAAUAUUGCUACUGCCUUGUAAUAUAUUGUGUAAGCAGUGUCUGAACAGAUAUAUUGUGUAAUUUGCAGUCAAUUAGCGGUCUAUCAUUGAAGUCGGUCAAAGGCAUGAACUGCUCUAUAAUAUAGGAUACUCAGCUGAUAAUUAUUGAGCUCCUUAAAAAAGGUACUUGUAUUUAGGAUUCUUUAGGCCUAAGCAAUAUAUUGUUGCUGUAGUAAAAAAGGAAGGCUUUUAACCUACUAAGAAUUAUAGCAGAUAAUAGUCUCAGAACAACUUAUUCAUGUAACAAAUUCCUUUAUUGCUCUGGAUGAUGAGAUUAGACUGGGGGGACGAUGUAUGUGAUGCUACUAAGGUCACUCGUGAAUUCAUGAUGACGCGGACAUGGUUUCUUUUGGUUCUUAUAGUGAGGUAAAUGUUAAGUAUGUUGAGGAGAGGCCGACUCCUCCCGCUUAGCACGUAAAAUAUUUGUGUAUGAAAUGCUAGAGGCUCAAUGGCUUUUACUCAGCCUACUUGCGUAAUAAGAGAUUUUUCUUAAGCUUUUGGUCCUCGUAAACUAUCACAAAGGUGAAGGCGCAGAAUGCUUCUAGUCUUUAUGUUAUUGUUUGUAGUGGGUGGCGUAUUCUAAUUUGGUUAUCAUGAUGUUAAAUUUUCUAAUGCUCGAAUCCUUUUGUUCUUUCAAUGGAUGUUAAUAGUUUUUCAAUGCCACUGAUUUGUUUUAGGCUUAAUACUGUGAAUGGUUGGUUUUAAUUGACUCCAGAUUAAAACCAACCUAAUGUCUUUCAAAAAAAAAAAAAAUAAUAAUAAAUCUAAUGAAAAUGGUUACCAAUAGACCAAAUAGUCUUUCAAAGUGUCUAGCCCUUACCCUUUUCCCGUUACUUUUAAAGUGCCUAGUCUGUUAACUCGGGCUGAGAGAACUUAUGAGAGGUUCCGGCCCGAUAGGGCUCUUCUCGGCCAACAAAAAAAAUGACUUGAUUCGACCAAAAUCACGUGACAUGCGAAUUGACUUAAGAUUUAGUUACGAGUACCUAUAUCAAGCACACACUCAACAUUCGCAUAUAAAAAAAAUGUACACACUCAACAUAAGAAAAACACAUUCCUGAGUUAACUCUACGAAACCCGAAUUCAACUUGAUCUGCUAUUGACCCAAAAUUCAACCUGGGUCAAG